CUCGGGUUCACUGUUUCCGUCCCCCUGGUUGCCGGCCGCCCCUCGGCCUGACGCCCGCUCGUGGGACCAGGGAGUGGACGCGGCGCGGUUGGUGGGGCCUUCAGGCGUCCCCUCCUGGGUUCGCGGAGGGGUUGGCGAGAGGGUGGGGGGGUUGGAAACCGACGCGCUGGUCCUGUGAGGCCCUCGGAUUUAGAAGUCUUGUCUCUAGAGGGGACGGCUGGGAUAGGCGGCCGCGUGGCCGCUUCCUGGGGCUUCGGUCGGCCGUGCCUGUGGCUGGGGAGGCAGGAGGCCCCCUUUGGGCUCCAGGCGCCCUUUAUCCGGUGCACACCGCCAUUGAACCUCGCGUGAGGCCCUUCGGAGCCUCCCCUUGGAGAACCUUGCCUUCAGUUUGACAUUUCGCUUGUUUCCGUGACCGCAGCCUUUGCAGGUUUCAGCUAAGAGGGUCGCAAGCCUGAGAAGCGUUACCUUUCCCUUGUUCCCGAACAAAUGCAGUGCCGAUCUGUAGGCUUCUUCCCUAUGGGUUUCCUUUAAAAAAUAUAUAUAUAUCUUAUUUAUGUAUUCAUGAGAGAGAGAGAGAGAGACAGAGAGACAGAGACAGGCAGAGGGAGGAGGAGGCUUCAUGCCGGGAGCCCGACGCGGGACUGGAUCUCAGGUCUCUAGGGUCACGCCCUGGGCGGAAGGCGGCGCUAACUAAACCUCUGAGCCACCCGGGCCGCCCCCCUGUAGGUUUUCUGUCCUCUUCACAGACGGGGGGUUUAAAAUGGUGAAAUGAAGGAAUAUGUGGGGCACCCAAGGAAAUAAAGCAGAGUCACGGUUCGCAACUAAAAACAAGGUAAAAAAUGAAACAGCAAAGUGUGUGUGUGAAAGAAAAGUGCAAACGACGAAGAGACAGACGAGGGCGGAAUUCCCAGUCCUGCUGUUUGUUAGCUGUGACGUGGACAGGCCCUCCACGCUAGCCGUUGAGGACAGCUACUCGAAGUGCUCCCUGCCCAUAUGAGAGCUUUGCUGCGACGUCUUGUCAUUUUGUCUCCGAGUUCUAGUAGGCAGUUUGAACAGUUUAACUGCAAACAUGGAUAUCAGACCAAAUCAUACAAUUUACAUUAACAAUAUGAAUGACAAAAUUAAAAAAGAAGAAUUGAAGAGAUCCCUAUACGCCCUGUUUUCUCAGUUUGGCCAUGUGGUAGAUAUUGUAGCUUUAAAGACCAUGAAGAUGAGGGGGCAAGCCUUUGUUAUUUUUAAGGAACUGGGCUCAUCCACAAAUGCCUUGAGACAGUUACAAGGAUUUCCAUUUUAUGGCAAACCAAUGCGAAUCCAGUAUGCAAAAACAGAUUCGGAUAUAAUAUCUAAAAUGCGUGGCACUUUUGCUGACAAAGAAAAGAAGAAGGAAAAGAAAAAAGCAAAAACUGUGGAACAGACUGCAACCACUGCAAGCAAAAAACCUGGUCAGGGAACACCAAAUGCAGCAAAUACCCAAGGAAAUUCAACACCAAAUCCUCAGGUCCCUGAUUACCCUCCAAACUAUAUUUUAUUCCUCAACAAUUUACCAGAAGAGACUAAUGAGAUGAUGUUGUCUAUGCUGUUUAAUCAGUUUCCGGGCUUCAAAGAAGUACGUUUGGUACCCGGAAGGCAUGACAUUGCUUUUGUUGAAUUUGAAAAUGAUGGACAGGCUGGAGCUGCCAGGGAUGCUUUACAGGGAUUUAAAAUCACACCGUCCCAUGCCAUGAAGAUCACAUAUGCCAAAAAAUAACAUAUGGCAUAGUUGUCUUUAAAGGACUUGGUGUUAUUUAAAGUGUUUGUUUUGAUAACAUUUGGUCAGGCCAUUUUGAAUAGUUGGGAUGUGGGUGAGUGAAAGAAAUUUUUGUGAAUUUUAAAAAAUAACUUAGUUUUUGUUUAGCCUUAUUGAGCUAUGAAAUAUGAAGGCCUCAAUUUUGUACAAUAAACUUUGAUUUGUAUUCUAUACAUAAUUCUACAUUUAUUCCAUCGUCCUAUCACCAAAUGUUUAUGCUAGUCUAGAGCACCUCUUAAGAUAUAUAAAACUAAUAAGAUGCUUUCCUAGUAUUAUUUUGGAGCAACUAAUGGCAGAAACAUUUUUUUUUUUUUUUAAGAAUUUAUUUAUUAGAGAGCAUGGGUAGGGGGGAGAGACAAACGGAGAGGGAGAGAGCGAAUCCUGAAGCAGAGUUCUUGCUGGGCAGGGAGCCCAAUGUAGGGCUCCAUCCCAGGACCCUGGGAUCAUGACCUUAGUCAAAAUCGGAUGCUUAACGUACUGAGCCCCCCAUGUGCCUCCAUUGAAUCCUUUUAAUAAAAGAGAAUUGGAUCAAGCUCUUGAUUACAUUUUCUGUA